AUGCUUAAGAAUAAUGUUUCUGACCAUAAGCUGAACAUGGAAGCCCUAAUUAAAAACAUUAACACAGUUUCUUUGGAGUUGAAGAAGAUGAAAGAGCUCUCCCAGUUACUGCUUUGUGACCUUACUCUACAUUUUAAUCAUCCUGUGAAGACAGAGGAUUUACCUGAAACAGAGAGGAACGACCCCCUCUUUGAAGAGUCUAAAAUAUCAGAUAGAUCCCUUGCUUCUCUCAGUUUUUCUAUCUGA